UCUAUGGUCAGAAGAACAAACAAAUUGUAUGUCAAAUCGAAAACAAAAGCAAGAAACAAUUUGUUUUUUUUGAAAAGCUAAUAAAUUUAAUAUCCUUUACUUUUUAUUACAUUUUCAUAACCUGAACGACUGAAUCUUACUUUGUGUAAAUAAGAAAUCCAUUUGCUGACUGACUGUUAUACUUGUAACCCAUUGUAAAAUACUUAACCUAUAAAAUGUUACUGUUGGGUGAUGUUUUCCCAAAUUUCUCAGCAAAUACUACGGAAGGUGAAAUCAAUUUUCACGAUUGGAUUGGAGAAGAAUGGGCUAUCCUUUUUUCUCAUCCGUCUGAUUUUACACCAGUGUGCACUACGGAACUUGCACGUGUACUGAAUCUACUGCCCCAGUUUAACGAGCGUAAUGUUAAAGUUAUAGGACUAUCAUGUGAUAGUGUCUCUUCACAUAAAGAGUGGUGCAAGGAUAUAAAGCACUAUGCAGGGUUGAAUGAAGAUGAGAAGUUUCCUUAUCCAAUCAUUGAAGACAAAGAUCGUAAGAUAGCAAACUUACUCUGUAUGAUAGACAAAGAUGAAUUAGAUAACAGUGGAAUUCCACUAACUGCUCGGGCUGUGUUCAUUAUUGAUUCUAACAAAAAGUUUAGACUGUCUCUUCUUUAUCCUGCCACAACUGGUAGAAAUUUUGACGAGAUAUUGCGUGUGAUUGACUCACUCCAAUUGACUGAUAAAGCUAAAGUUGCUACUCCCGUGGAUUGGAAGAUAGGAGAUGACUGUAUGGUUUUGCCAACUAUACCAGAAGACCAGCUGAUUAAAGUAUAUCCUCAAGGAGUAAAUAUAAUACCUUUGCCUUCUGGAAAGAACUACCUCAGGAAGACUUCUUGUCCAAAAGUGUAAAUGAUAUUCUGACUGAAAAAAAAAUAUCUGAUAUAUUGUUGAAUUUCCUUUUAUUAUGAUGAAGACUGUUUUGUUCUUAAUUGUUCAUGAAUUAAAGAUUUAUUUUAAUUAAUUAAGAUUGAUUGUUUUUUUAUCAUAUAUUGUUUCCAUCAGGCCGGAGAGUACUA